AUGUGCAAAUACGUCUUAAUUGCUGCACUGGCCGUAAUGUGCUCCAUGUGCUCCGUAGUGCGAGUGGAAGCCACGCUGCACGAUCUGCCGCAGGUCUUUGACUUCUCCAACUUGGAUCUGGUGAACUUCCAGUACUUCAAGAACCUCGCCUCGCAGGAUCCCCGAACCGCAGCCAAUGCCAAUCCCUUUCUGGAGCACUUUCAGAAGAAGAAGGCGGUGCUGGACUACUUUGACCGCCUGUUCUUCGGCAACUCGCCCUUCCAGCAGCCCAGCGAGAUUCCCUUCGAUCCGCACUUUGGUCGCUCCUGGCGUCCAGUCUACGAAAGGAAGUUCGGCUAUCGCGGGGAGCGCCUCAUCGCCGCUCUGGGAUCAGGAUAUUCGGUGAAGCAGCUGAGGCACUUUGGAGCCAUUCCCCGGGAGUACGGCACUCCACACUAUCCUAGUUGA